AUGAUUACGCAGAAUUCUAUACCAGAGGUAAAAGAAGAUUUUAUUGGUUAUGCUUUACAUGAGAGAAGAAUUCGGUUACCGCAGUUUCAAGACUUAGGGCCGGCAGACUUGGUCACACUAACAAAGUAUUUGCCCACUUCAAGUAACACAAAUGCCAUAAACAGUACGAGUAGAAAUGGUGCGGCCAUUAUUCAGUCCCCUGCAGCCGUUGUAGCCGAUGACUCUGCCGCUUCCAUGGCAACCAAUGGCGAUGCUAGUGACACCGCCGUUACCACAAAUUAUACAAAUGCAUCUAUAUACAGUAGCAGCAGAAAUGCCAAUGAUGGAGCCCCGAUGGUCGCUGAGCUCCAUCCACUUGAUAAACUGAAGGACGAAGUAGGGACAUUUUUUUACUCAAUGGGUGUCGAUACAUCCGGUCCAACUUCAAUCGCAAUUUUUUUGAAGGAGAUUUCAGAGGUCAUCAGCGAGAAACCCCAAGUUUGGUUUGGCAGGAAGAAAACCUUCAAUGUUGCUCGAAUUUCAUUUUCCACUUGGAAUGCGUUCAGGAGAUGCGACAUAAAUGUCGUCGUUCAUAUUCCAGGAUCGAUUCAGAACUUUAUAGUGGAUUGCAACGGUGAAAGUCAAAAUAUAGAGAUGUGUGCGGAUUAUGACUUAAUUUGGGCUGAAACGUUCGUAAGUGGCGUAGUACGGUCAAUCAUGUUAAUGAAGGAAAACGCUGAAGAGGGAGAAUUACAAAAUUUAGUGGAAACCUUGAUUUUGAACCCGUUUACUGCAGGACAAAUCGACGAUGUACCAGAAAUGUUCAUUGAUCUGUUCCCUAUAGUUUACCAUAAGGGCCCAUUAUUGGGAGCUCCGUAUUAUAUUACCAAUGUGACGAACACUAAUAACUAUUUGGUAGAAACACUCGUUGAGAUAGUUAAGCUGACUCGUAAUGUUAGCAGGGCGGAAAUAAUGUUGAAGAAUCUGGCUACCGACAACCCUGAGGCGAUCAUAAUACUAAUCAAGAUCUUUUUGGUGUGUGAUCAAGAAUUAGACGCAAUAAAGCUCACAUACGAUAUGCUUUCGCAGGAUAAAAUAAUAAACAACACUAAUAACCGCAUGGAUUAUAAAUCUGAAUUACUGUGCUUACAAGCGCAAUUUUUGAUAGACAAAAGGCAGGAUUACAGCUUGGCGCAAAACAUAGCGCAAGAGGCAGUCAAUUGUUCUCCCAGUGAAUUUAGACCUUGGUAUCUUUUAUCCAAGGUGUAUGUAAAGCUAAAUGAUAUUGAAAAUGCCUUACUGAUACUGAAUUCAUGCCCUAUGUCUCCAUUAAAGGAAAAAUACGUACUGAAAAGAGUAGCUCCGUUGCCUUCGAAUAAUAGUCUUCAUUUGCCAUUGCCAAUUGACGUUGUACUGGAUGAAGUGACGUCGUUGAAUCCACAAGACGUUCAGAAUGAACACCGCUCUGCGGAUCCAAUGCUGGUCAAUUUAGCUGCGUCGAACUUGAAAUCUACUUUCCAAUUGGCAUACCGAUUAUUGACAGAAAUUGUGCAGAUCACCGGCUGGGAAAAUCUGUUAAAGUACAGAUCAAACAUUUUCGUUAUGGAAGAAGAGUACCAAAAAUCAUCAUCUUCGUUACCAAAGGACGUUAACAAACAAGAAGAACAGCCUCUGAGGGCUAAACGGCUGUGUGAACGAUGGUUAGACAACCUCUUCAUGCUUUUAUAUGAAGACCUGAAGAUGUAUACAUUAUGGCAAACCGAACAACUGUACAUGGAUGCACAGAAUAACAACCACAAUAAGUUGACUUUCGAAUGGGAGUUAUUUGGCCUUUGUGCACGUCGACUGGGCCAUUUCCCUGAGGCCGCCAAGGCCUUCCAGAACGGUUUAUCGCAGAGAUUUUCAUCAAGGUGCGCGAGGAAACUGCUGGAAUAUUGUAUAAACGAACGCCAACGGGUCAAAAAUUUUAUAAACUCACCUAAUUCGCAUGACAUGGUCCCUGAAAUAGUAAGCUCACGCAUAAGAGAGCUAGACAAUAGCAUUAUCGACCUUUGCGUGAAGAUAUGCUGCUGGAACCACCGUUGGUAUACGGAAUUUUCCAUAAGUUUACUUGAUUGUUUAAGUGUGGUUAUUCAAGAUAUGAGUCUGACCAAAGUUUCGAAUGAAAUCUCGUCAAGAUAUCCAGAAACUGUUCUCAACUUGGUGCAGGAGAAUUUGCUCAAUUUCUUCACUACUUGCACCAUUGGAUGCUACGAUGCAUAA